AUGGCCUAUAAGAGAGAAGAGUCACCAGAAGAGUCUCUAAUAAAACCAAGUGACUUUAAAUCAAUGACGGAGCUAUUUUAUCCAAAUGUUUUCACCCAACUUGACAAAAACGGAGUUUUACCUGUGGUAUAUCCCCACGCAAGUGAAAAGCUGAGGGGCGAAGGUGUUGCUGUACCUAUUAUUACCCUUUCACAUGUAACCCAUGAUAAAGAAGCUGAUAAAAUACGCCCUGAAAAAGAAGCUGAUAAAAUAUGCCAUGAAAUGGAGUUUAAAGGUAGACAAAAGUUCGGAAAAACUCUUAAAUAUGAUGGGAGAUCUUGUGGAGAAUCACUGAGACCCAGCACAAAGAGCGAAGGCUUUUUCAAGAUUCCCGACAGUGAGACAGUAUUUCCAGGAUAUUACUCGUGGUGGGGCACAUAUCCUACUGAGCAAGAAGGAUACACCACACCUACCGAAAUCAAGAAAGAGCUAGAUGCAAUAUAUGUCAAAGAAAGAUACAGAGCUAUGGUCCCUGAUUACAUUAAGGAAUAUCCAGAGUCUCGGUAUGGGAACCACGCGUUUAUUUGUGGGUUUAAGGAUCUUAUUAUUGCAUAUGCUCAAGCUCGAAAAACUGAAACUGGCAAUGUUUGCAUCAGGAAGGGAGGGACGCUCCGAUACACGUUUGAAAUAUGCUAUGUUCUAAUCAUUUGCACAGACAAAGCCAAAGACACGGAAGAUUUGAAUGAAUUUAAAUCACUGCCCCCAGUGUCAGAGCGUUUUAAUAUGAAUGGUUUUACCAAUGGCGAUGGAAAAAUUGAUAAUCUAGAUGCAAUACCUACUUUCCAUCCAGAAUACAUUGUUUCAUGGUCCAAACACAUAUCCGAACCACAACAAGUUAAGGGUGACAAAUAUUGUAAUGAGCAUACAGCAUUUGCCUUUUACUUCCCGAAGGAAAAAAGCAUGAAAGUUGCCCAAUGUGUUGAGAGAGGGGUUCAACACAACUCGUGGCGCUGCAUAAAAACUCAGCCCACAGGUGAUUAUAGACCAUGGAAAUGUCCUAACGAACUAACAUAG